ACAUGUGACAGUGCAGCCUCUUGGAGGGACCUUUGUGGCACAGACCAAAAAUCACCUUGGCAGUGAGGAAGAAUAUUCCCGAAGAGUCUGAUCAGCUUUUUCCAUUUCAUAUAAGUUAUUUAUGUUCUUAAUACGGACAAUAGGAGUUCUGUCUCUUUUCUGUGGCGAAGAUGCUCUUAACCUAUACAUGGGCGCUUCAGCCAAAUGUCACAUGUAACAGUUCAGUAGACCUGGGACUAUUUCUCCACUACUCACUUAUUCCAUCAUUUUUUAUCAUUUUGGUGUUGUCCUUCCUUCAAAGAAGAAUAUACCGGGAGCAGAGAGAUGACAAGUCAAACCUCCUUGAAGGACGCUUUGGAAUUGUGAUGCCCCUGGAUUUUGUUGGGACCUUCAGGAACCGAUGGUCAUAUGGAAUUGCAUUUGGAGCUGCAGCCAACAGAAUCAUGUUCUUAUUUGCUGAAGGUUACCAGCCACUACAGGCACCAAAAUGGGCACAAGCCAUUGUUCUUCUAAUAGGAGGGACUGAAGUGGGUUUCUCACAUUUUCCAUUCUUCGCAUGCCUUUCAUCAGAAUCCAGACUGAUAGGAUCAUUCCUGGGAUUUGUUUACGCUUUAAUUUGGUUUGCAAUUACAGUCCUACACAUUGUUCAGUGCCCACACGGACAGUUUCUGGGCAACUAUCAAACAAUUAUUUUUUACUGGCCUUCCUUACUGUGCCUAGCUUUCCUUUUAGGUCACUUUGUUUACAUGUUUAUAAAAGGCUUGAGGAUUCAGCUAGGCUGGGAUAUACAAAGUGAAGAGAAACCCUUCCUGGAGGUUCACCAAGCGAAGCAUGUCAAACGACUCAUGAGGAAGCCCCUCGUUCAAGAAGAAGAAAAGUCUUGGUUUCAACAUAGGAUAUAUGAAUGGGAUCCGUUUUUUCGGUUCCCUGGCAGAAUGAUUAGUACUGCUGUGCUAGCCUUAAUCUGCCUGUACCUGUUCAUUACUAUAGAAUUCUGCAUUUACACAUACAUUGUUCAAGAGCUGGAAGUGUUUGAGAGGGAGCUCGAGAACUACAUCAUUUCAGAUAAUGAAACAAGUAUGCUGAUGCCUGCUGUUCUUCAAAUCAAAGAGCUGAUUAAAGUCACCAAAGGUGUCUGGACUUGGACUAGCUUUCCUGCCUCCCUCACAUGUAUUAGCUAUGUGUUUCACAUUCUAGCCUGCUACAGAAAACAUAUUAAGAGGCUCUGGUUGGGAGAGAAAAAAUUUCUUCCUCUGAAAUUUCACAGUCCUUCCUCUUCUGAAAGCAUGGCGGCCAUAGCGAGAUACUCAGGUUGGCAAAUAGCAUACAUUUUAUGGGGCUACCUCAUCAUCCAUGUGGUCCUGUGUCUCUUUGGUGUGAUGUUCACGUACAGUUUAGUUUUACCAGUAGGACACAACCAAGGGCUGGCAAUGCUGAAAGAUUUGGGCAUUGGGAUUCUGACCAUUUCAAUUAUUGUGGGGCUCAUGGUGUUGCAAAUUUGGAUUGCUGGCAGAUUUUUCCUUCAACCAAAGAUUGGGCCUAGCGAUAAGCAGAAACCAUUAGCCCUCAACAACAGGAAAGCAUUCCACAACUUCAACUACUUCUUGUUCUUCUACAACGUCCUCCUGGGCCUAGGGGCUUGUCUCUCCAGACUGCUUUUCAGUUGCAUCUUGGGAACUUGGUUGAUAGCCCGGCUAGACAGGACCAUUCUGCAGAAUGGUUAUGAAAGGGCUGACAUGGGAUACAUCUCAUGGAUCGGGAUGCUGUUUGUGGACCAUUACCAUACUAACCCUGUCCUUGUAAGUUUUUGCCACAUCUUGGUGACAGACCACGCUGAAAGAAAAUUUCAGAGCUCCAUCAAGUAUGGGUACUUGAAUCAUUCCCCAGGUCCAAGAGUGUCACAAAAGGCCAGGAUGAGAUGGUUUCUCCUGUAUACCCUUUUACAAAACCCCAGACUUUCCUCACUCAGAAAGCCUAAAGCAGAGUUGGAAUUCAGGGAUCUUCCCCAGAUUACUUCUAGCUGAUGUGCUCCCACAGACGAAAUACAUGAAUCUCUUAAACAGAGUUCAUCUCCUAUGCCUCCUGGAGUUUGAGAUGUGAGAUCAUGGGAUGGUGUGGUGUGGUGGGAUUCAGACCAUUAUCCAUGACAUUUGGGAUGCCUCUGGCACCAGAGCACAAGUACUGUCCAUAAAUGGUGAUUUGUUAUAACAUUCCCUACCUUUUGCUAAAAGGGUAAGAUAUGCCUUAUCGUUCCAUCAUAUUAAACUAACAAACCAAAAAAAAAAAAGGCCAAUCGACUU